AUGGGACCCAAUGGAAAGUGCACAAACUGCCUGCCCAAGGACGAUCCCAACUCUGUGGAGGUGCCCAAGCGUCGAUGCAAGAACCACGGCAUCCACGGCUCAUGUGUCGAGUGCAUAGAGUGGCGCGAGAGUCUAAAGAUGAAGCUCAAGAGCCAGGACAAGCCAGUGUGUCCUGGCGUGUCGGUGCAGGUCAACGCAGCCAACGUCUUCCAGCAGUAUAUUCGCGAUCGCAAGUUUGAAGAGCAGCGCAUCGGCUACCUCUAUGGCAACUUUUUGCAGGAUGGCAGCGUCUCGGUCGACGUCAUCUAUGAGCCACCACAAAAGGGCGACAAGAAGACGGCAACAUUACUCGAGGACAAGACCAUCGACAGGAUCGAGUCCUUGGCCAGCAUGUUGGGCAUGUGUCGCGUUGGAUGGAUCUUCUCGCAUCCAACAAGGAAGUACGUCAUGUCCUCCACAGACAUCAUUCAAGCCGCAAACUUCCAGAACACCUUUGGCAAGUCAUUCGUCACUCUCAUCAUGACAACCAACAGCGAAGGAAGUACAAGCCUUGAGGCAUUCCAGGUGUCGGACCAGGCACUCAAGCUGGAGAAGACGGAGGAGUUCUUGCCAAAUCAACCAGAUCCAGCCACUUGUAAAUUGAAGUCGCCAGUGUUUGUUGAGGGUGCCGAGACAGUGACGGCCGACAACAACUUCUUCAUCGUCACCGUGCCAGUCAAGGGCGAGGAGAAGUCCAGAUUCAACACUGUGUUCCCAGUUAGCAACCGUACGCCACAGACCUCCAACCAAGACCUUGUAUCCUACAAGAUGGACAGUUCAGACAACACUCGAUUGGCCUUCUUCUCCGACUUCCACUUCCUUGUCUUCCUACUCACCAACAAUAUAUUCACAAACACUGACUUCCCAAUCAUAUGUGAUAGCAUCAAGUCAAAAUCAUCGUCGAGCCUGGACCUCUACAAUGAGAUCAUUGACGCACAGGUUGGCGAACUGAUUGGACACAACAAC